AUGAGCUUUUUAGAAGAAUUAGACUCUCUAUUUGGCACCCAAGGUUUAUACGAGAUCCUUGGUGUGGAGAAAACUGCUUCUGAAGCAGAAAUAAAGAAAGCAUACAGGCGUGUAUCACUAAAAGUUCACCCAGAUAGAGUGGGCAGUGAACACAAAGAUCUUGCGACUCAGAAAUUUCAAGCAAUAAGUAAAGUGCACUUGAUAUUGACCAAUAAAGAUCUUCGUGCAGUUUACGAUGAGACUGGUGAGGUUGGUGAGGAAAUGGUUCAACAAGAGCGAGAUUGGAUGUAUUACUGGAGAGUUUUGUUUCCUAAAAUUACUACUGAGGAUAUUAAAAAAUUUGAAAAACAGUAUAAAGGUUCAGACGAGGAAUUGAAAGAUCUCAAGUCGGCUUAUGUUCAAUGUGAAGGUGAUAUGGAAGGAAUACUAGAAAAUGUUCUGUGUUCGACUGAAGAUGACGAGGCAAGGUUUCGAAAAAUCUUACAAAAUGCAAUUGAUAAUAAUGAGCUUCCAGUCUUUGAAAAUUUUGCUAAAGAGGAUAAGAGAAAGAAAAGAGCCAGGAAACAAAAGGUAUGGUUAUAGUAGGAGUAUAAUGCGGCAGUCAAUUUAUACUGUAAACAUCCCCCGGCAAAUGAAAGGACAAAUUGAAGGUCAAAAGCUAGGGAUGCACCGGAACCGUUUUUUAAGUUCCGGCCGGAACCGGAUCCGACCGGAACUGGAAAAAAGUUCCGGCCGGAACCGGAACUAAUUUAUUAAGCCAUAUAUAGUCAUAUGUUACUUUGUCCGCUGCCAGACAAGCAGACACUUCAAAUCAUCAAGUAGAGAGUUCGCAAAUGUCAGAAUAAAAAGACUGACAAAUGUUAAACGUCAUAAUGAAGUGUUAAUAGUGUACAUUUCCCUUGCGUAGUCCAACUUUCUUCCUACUGUGACCUUUUGUUAGACACAAAACGUUUAUUAUUCUAUCUCCCUGAAAACGAUAGCCCGCGUGCAGGCCCAAGGAACUGAUAGUGGGCCUGCAAGCAAGGCCCGGUAUUUUGUACUUUCUGCGUUUGCCCACGAAUGCGGCAUUCUGAUUGGCUGUUUGCUGUUGGAUUCUAUAAUUAGGUCAGUGAUUCAUCACAAAGGCUCUCGAUAAAUCUCGAUAAGCUUAAAAUUCGAAAAUUGAUCACUUUUUUCGAUUACAAAUGGAACAAGAACAGGCUGUUUAUUGUUUACUUGAAGGAAGAGAUGUUUUUGCCGUUAUGCCAAUGGGGAUUGCUUGUCGUGAGGUGUUGGAAUAGCAACAUUACGACCGGGGUAAACUAUAGUAACCUUUACCACAGAGCCUUUAAUACACUUGAGUUUCAUUAAUUUCAAACAGACUUGUUACGUUAUAUGUUCCUCAAGAAGAUGAUCUUUUGGUUGAUGUUGAGAUGCAGUUGCAUGUGAGCCUAUUCGAGACACUUUGCGAUUUACAAGGCUUCGCUGAGAGAGCGAAACAGAAGACGGUAUUAAAUUGCCGUUUGAAACGAAAUGAUCUGGACUCUGAACGGUCUCUUCUUUUGUAGAGUUCUUUACCAAAUGAAAUAACUGAAAUAAAUUUUGUACUUUCCGCCGCCAACAAGAAUUGCACACACGAUCUGAUAAGUGAGACAAUUUAUUUAUAACAAUGGCCACAGCAAAGCACACAUUACAGUAUAAAUGCUAAUGUGGUCGCCCGACUUCCCUCAUGAUUUGAAGUUUGAGACUGGUUUUCUGUUCAAAUUCGUCCUAAUUUGCCUGUUCCGAUUUCAGUUGAAAAUGAGCUCUUGCAAAUUUGGCAAUUACUGACUGCGUUGCUUGCUUUUUUGGAGUUAAAACGCACCAUUUACACAUUGUUUAUGUUCUGAAUAAGCAGAGAAAACCCCGCAACAUUUUAAUGCGAGUUUGUUUGUUAAUAUUUGGGUGCUGUCAUUGGUUCUUUUUUGACAAUUGACGCGCGAAUGGGGCGUGUUAUGAAAAGGGGCGUUUUACAAAAUACCGGGCCUUGCUUGCAGGCCCACUAUCAGUUCCUUGGGCCUGCACGCAGGCUAUGAAAACGACAGAGUUCCGGUUCCGGCCAUGCUUUUUUUACUAGUUCCGGCCGGAACCGGAACUCUAAAAAAUCGGGGUUCCGGCUGGAACUAACCAGCCGGAACCGAGUUCCGGUGCACCCCUAUCAAAAGCCCGACCCCCAGGGUAUUCUGCCACAUCUUGCAGCUUGUUGUCAAAUGCCCCACCCCUGCAGCGGUUUAAAAAGUCAAAUUCCCUACCCCCAGGGAUAGGAAAAGGAGGGGAGGGUGUUAACAGUAUAAAUUGAUUGGUGCAUUAAUAUCAACAGAUAGAUUUACAAUGGAACCGUACACAAAACAGUAUACUAGCAGGGUGUCGAUGGCUGUGUGGCUACUUUGCCUAAGUUAACCAUCAAUCAUUUUCUGGUCAAAACACAGGUAUGGCCAUCUACUAACCUCUCUCACAGACACUGUGGCCAAUCAUUUUGCCACAUUUUGAAUAAUGUCUACCUUGUUCUUGCAGCACCAGUAUGCACAUAUUAUCAGACAUUGUCAGACCCAGUUUUCAGAAUUAUAUUGAACUCUGCUACUUUAUUAUAUUCACCAGCCAACUAUGUGGGAUUAGCAGGGCAAUAGCAGUUCAUUCCUUCACUACCAGCAUGGCUUUGGUUUUGUUUAGAACACAGGGCUUCAAAUUUGUAUUUUUCAACAGUAUCCAAUGGGAUACUAGCAACUUAAAAUCUGGUAUCCACCCAGAAAAUCUAGUAUCCCACAUUUGCAAAACAUCUUUUCGUUCACGAGCGUUACCCAUGGAAAGGAUUUUUUCAAGCCAUUUAAAUUUUUGACUCACAAUGCUUUGUUUCUUCAUACUUUGCUUGGCUUUGCCACUUUUUUGAGCGCAUCUUUCCUGCUUAGUCUAAUUCGAUCGCCUUUCACUUUGUUUAUCAAUAUCAGUCAAUCAGCGUCGUUAUGAUUUCCAGUAUCCAAAUUUAAAAUCUGGUAUUGCUGGGAUAUCAGGAUACCUCAAAUUUGAAGCCCUGGAACAUCAUAUUAGCAUUAAUUAGCAGGGGAUUUUACCAGGGAUUGGACUGUUGAUAGAAAACUUCUAAUUGCUUUUUGUCAUGUGCAAAGGCAAAAUGUUGUCUCCAACAUGAAUAGGAAGUUUUACCGAUUGAGUUGCAUUGUGCCUCAAUGCGCCCUACUUUAUUAUUUUACUCUGUCUACCGCCAGGUGAUUUUACUUGUCAGGAGGAGAGUACUGGUGCUCAAUGGACCUCAAUCCUCCGCAGAGGUUACAUUAAAUGAUUGUUUUUUUUUCAAUAGGUUUUUUAUUGAAUGAAUUGCAACAUUGCACAAAAAUUGUCAGCUUGUAGCCAUUCGCCAGAGGCUGUGUGUAAUUCGCUGGUUCUUGCAGUAACAAUAUAUGCUGAAAUUUUUAGCCCAGUCUUGCACUCGUACAAUAUACCAAAUAAACAAAGCUUGCAAGUCUUUGCGCACCACUCAACUUACAGUGCCCUUGAAGCUUCGACCUUCCAUUCUUUGCAUACUCGCUUUGCUCAUCAAUUAAUAGCUUGAGCCUAGCUCUGUACAGCAAACCAGCAUUGGCCAUACCCAAAUUAUUAUUAGCCAGGACUUCAAACAUCCCUGAAGGGCUGCUAUUGUUGACAAUUUUAAAUUCAAGGUUCAUAGCGGUCUUUGAAAUCCUUGAAAGUCUUUAAAUUUGAAUGCAGUUAAGGUCUUUGAAAAGUCUUUGAAUUGUGUGAAAAAGCGAAGAAAGUCUUUAAAUUCUUUAGUGAGUAGCUAAUAAAAUAGAUCGAUUGAAGCAAGAUUUUCGCAAAUAUUGACGAAAAGGCGCAUUUUAGGAUGUGAUUUGAUAGGACUAAUUACCCGGGUAAAAAUGGUACUUACACUCGCAAUUUUUCGACAGCUGUUUGCUCUCAAAGGUCUUUGAAAAGUCUUUCAAAAUAGGCAGAAAAAAUCUUUGAUCUACAUCUUGGAGACUACGAACCCUGAAAUUGUUCAAUGCCUGCACGCAUGACCCUCAUUGAAUCCUUUCCCUAACCCUAACCUAGCUGUCCAGGCCUUAAAAUAUCUUUUACAGGGCCGUCUGACAAAAUGUCCGAUGACUUUCAGUUUGGGUCGGACAUAUGUAUGAUGAUGUCCGAUGACCUUCAGUUCAGUUUGGCUCGAAAAUAAGUCUGAAUGACGCAAAUUAAUAUCAGCACAAUGUAUUAAUUCUGAACUAAAUGUUGUGAAGAUAUUAAAUAAUUUGUGUCAUUUAUACUUAUUUCCGAGCCAAGAUUAAUUUGCCUGUCAAUGUAGCAAUACGACUUCGACAACUUUUUGUUUUCCACUUCACCAUUUCGCUCGCCGCCCCAAGCUCGGUGACAUUAUUAAAAACAUUUCCAGUUCAUUUUUGUACAGUACUCUAAUUCUCCAUAAAAACAUAUACGAGCCUCUAGUCCUGGACUACAUAGGGUACAUUUUGAUUUAUGUGCGUGGAGAAAGCGUCGGACAAAGCUACAUUUCGGUCGGACACCAAUUCACUCGGGUCGGACAAACAAUAAACCUCAGUUUCACUUUGGUCAGACAGAAUGUCCGGUGGUUUCCUCUCUACGUCGGACAAUUUGACGAAUGGGUCGGACAAUGUCCGUGACCGACCGAUAUUUUAAGGCCUGGCUGUCCAAUCCUGACCUACUGUGGCUAACCCUUUUAACAUUUGUAUAGUUUUUGACAAUAUUCUAAGGCCAAUGAAAAUUGAUAUCAUGUUUCUCGUCCCCGCCCGCAUGGGAUUUAUCUGCCGCACGAAAAUUUUUCAUUAUUCAUUAUUUUUGAAAAAUAGGCUUACAGGUAAACUACGUGAAGCAUUCCUCUUUUGAGUUUCUAAAUUGAUUGCAAUUUUCCUCAUUACUUUUGCAAUUUAAAAAACUCCCUUGCAAAUCCCUUGAAGGAAUUUGCAAUGUUGCUAAAAGCCAAUUAAAUUUUCCUCAGUUCCUGUUAGAAGUUCUUAACUUCCUGUUAGAAAUUCUUAACUUCCUGUUCUGUUCUGUUCUGUUCUGGGCGUUGCAAUUGGCUAACAAAAAUAAUCGACCAAUAACAACGCUCAGAACAGAACAGGAAGUUAGGAAAUUAAAACAGGAAGUUAGGAAAAUUUAAAAUGAAGUUUGUUUGUAUUGGAAUAUUGCAACAGUCGAUAGGAACAUUGCACAUUCCCUCAAGGGAUUUUCAAAGAGUUUUUCAAAUUUGCAAAGCUAAUGAGGAAAAUUCCAAACGAGUUAUGAAGUCAAAAGAGGAACGCUUCACGUAGUUUACCUGUAACAAAACACCAAAUUGAUCUCCAGAUCAAAGUCUUACUGCUACAUUCCGCAAGCGCAACUCAAAUUGUAUCUUUCUAAAGAUAUUACUCGCCAGAAUGCCUCUAUUUUUCAUGUCAGCCCUGGGAACGAGGAUGAUCUUGACACGUGAUCAUUCUCUUCCGGCGCAGAUGAUAGAUUAUACCAGAUGAAUGACUGUGUAUCUACCCUAUGGCCUAUGAUUUUCGUGUCCGCGAUUUUCGCGAGGCUAUCACGCCAGAUGACGCGUGCGACACUUACUGCCAAAAUGGCGCUUACUGCCAAAAUACGUGAUUGCUCACGUUUCAGGCCAACGCGUGCGCAUAAAAAAUCGCGGACACAAUUUUGGCUGAGUGAUUCAUCUGCAGGUAUUAUCUAUCAUCUGUGCUUCUGGUUUUCUUCCGAUUUCCUGUGUUGCGAAAUAAUCUGUUCGCGUGGUUUUAUUGCUUUUUUGAAAAGAUAAAUAAUCAUGCAUAUUCAUGUUUUAUAAUGAUCAUUUUAUGUGUAGAAAUAUACUGUAGUGUAGGACGUAUUAAAUUAAAAUGAAUUAUACACCGAUUUACUUCAGAAUUCAAAUACAAAAAAUAAUGAAAAAUGAAAAAUGAAAAAAUCCCGCUCCAAAUUUUUGAAAAUUGUGGACGAGAAACAUGAUAUCAACUUUCAUUGGCCGAAUUGAAUGAAAAGACAUAUUUUAAGUUAUUCAAUGCCUGCAUGUCUAUUCCUGACCUACCCAUCACCUUUAAUGUCCAUAAAGUGUUGGACAAUGUUCUAUCUGAUCAUGUAGCCACAUAAUCAUGCAUGUUUAGGUAGCCAGGUGUUCUAUAAUUGUACUGCGGCUGUAUUAAUGUUGUAUCAUUCUAAAGCAAUGUUUAUAUUGUCUUGAUGUUCUGCUGGGAGAAAAAUAAGUGGCCAUAAUAAAGUGGUGCCCAUAUUAAUGAGGUGGCCAUAUCCAAGAAAAAUCACCCUGAUACUAGUGUCUAUAGACAUCCUUUCCUGCACUUCAGUAUCAUUAUGGAGCUUUUGUUUGAACGCUAGAGAUGUCCAUGCCAAUCAUGUCAUCAAUUAAGCCAGGAAAUGCAUAGGGAUAAUAUAGAUAUCUUCAAACAAUUAAAUUUUAAAAACAUCUUCCUGUAUUAGCCAAUUACCGUAACUCGUGAGUUCCAAUAUCAUCACCAAUCUUUCUUCCCAGUCAAUCAUUUCCGAUUUGUGAUCUUUUAACAACAUACGAUCUAUUAAAUAAUUUACGAUCCUGAAGGCCGUGUUAAAUAUUAAAAGAGUAGUUUUUGGUGCAAAAUGCAACACAACGUCUGGCACAAAGUCAUGACUGUACUACGUCAGUCAUUACAUAUGGAAGCUGGUCAACUCGGCCCAAUUUAAUUGCACUGACCAACUUGGCCCAAACCAUCUUAAUUGGCCCAAUUGUUAACUACGUACUGUUUGACAUAUUAGGAAAGCUAAUAUUUUACAAAAGAUAGCACCAAACCAAUACAGCCAUUUGCAGUUGCAUUGGGCAUACAGAUGAGUAAAGUUUGAGAUCAUCCAGUUUGACUUAAUUUUAUUAAAGAAUCUAUCGAAGUUUCAAAUUCUCGGUCUGUCCGUUUUGAUACUAAAUUACUGAUCAUUCAAAUCUCUCUCAAAAUUUGCAAAGAUAGAACGCAGUCAGGGCUCCUAACUUGUUUAAUGGUUAGAUUAGUCAGUUUACGAGCGGGCGGAGUUGGUCCUUGAACGGUGGGCCGAGUUGACUGUAAAGCUGUCUAUCAUUGCCUGCCUUAGCACACAAAUAAAAGGGCCCAAACAAACACAGACUAUUGGCAACAAAAUUCGUCUGUGGCAGGGAAAGUGUUAAUAAAGAGAUGAAUGAAUGCAAUUUCAGGGUUUGACGUACAUGUAAAUGACAUAGGACAGCUUUUACUUUCUGAACGCGGAACAAGCGUGGGAAAUGACGUUUGUGACCUGUUUACUAGCUAUAUUUGUCAGUGUCAUGAGACGAGAUUAAAUCGAAAAUGAAAUGAAAUGUCUGUGGGGGAGGAUUAAAUCUUUUUAGCGUCAGUUCAAGGAUUCACAGUUAUGAAACCGAAAAUUCAUUGCUCUAGAACUUCAUUUAGCCCCAUGAAAUCUAAUUUAUUUUGUUUUUGACAGUGACUACAAUUAUGACAUAGUAAUACACGUGGUGCUGAAAAAUGUCCGGCAGCGCCAGCACACCGGUGUCCCAGCAGAUUUGGACCCCUCUCAAAAUGGACCCCCCCCCGGUCCAAAUCCGGGGGUUCCAUGUACCGUAGGGCGAAAAAAAAUACCUGUGGUUCCGGUUUCAUAUCGUGAAAAAAUUAGGGUCGGUAAGUCGGAAAUAAAUUUUUUUUUUGAAUAUUUUUUUCAUGGUUUUGGCAGUUUUUUGCUGGGCGAUUUGCAGUAGAGUCCCGACAUCAAUAUUAACUAGAGAUGCGUAUUUCCUAUGCCGGAUUUAGGCAAUUUGGUUCAAUAAUUAGUGUGACAACAGACGCCAUUUUGGCACGCUGUAUGAGCAGCCCGCAACCACCUGGAGAAAAUAGGGCCGCACGGUCAAUCGCGUUGAAAAAAUAAUAGGGUCGGCAGAAAAAAAUAGGGUCGGUCGGGAACCGUAACCACAGGUAUUUUUUUACGCCUAGGGGUCCGACGCUAGACGCGGGGAGUCCAAAUCCGCUGUGACACCGGUGUCAGGAAAUUUUAACAAAAUAUCUUCGCAGGAAAUUCUCUUACACCUGGCGGGAAAUUUUUGUCAUCUUAUAUUUGGAAUGCCAUAUACAAUUUACUAAUUGUCAAAAUCCCAAAACGGUAAAAGCGUUUUGCAAGUCGAGAUUGUCUUGUGCCGACAUUGAAGUUUAUCAGAACGCACUGAACGUUCUCUGAAAUCUACAUGCAUGUAGGAAGUUAUAUACUUGACUUACACAGGACAUUUUCGAUUUUGCUGCCAGGAAGGGGAAUAUAUUUUCUAGGCCUGAUUUGAGUAUUGAAUAUUAGAUAGCUUGGAGCGCUGUGUGUGAUCAGAUUUUUCCAGUUUCAAACACGAAUUAUUACCAAAAUUUAACCAGAAAAAGACCAUUACAAUUUUUUUCUUCCAAAAUUGACAAAAUUUUACCAAAAGUAAAAAAAAUUAGCAACCAAUAUUAUUUACUUGGCCUUGUUUUGUUAAUCUUGACUUAUAUUUAUAGCAUGGAGAUUGGAGUAUUACGACCGUGUUUUUGCCAGUAGUACAGGCCUGCAAAUAAUUGUUUUACUUGGAAGGACAAAUGUAGUCUAGCCAAGCCAAAAAUUGGUCGGACAUUUAUCAAUUUUUCCCGGACAAAGUAAAAUUUUUCAUAUUUUGUUUUGAAAAUUAGCUAUAGCAGGAUGUAUUUUGUAUUUUUUUGCCUGGUCAUGUUAGUCCGCACUGCAAUGCAUCUAAAACUUAGUAUUGAUUUCUAUUUUCGGAGUUUUAUAUUUUUUAUAUUUUAGUAUACACCCCCUUUUCAUAAAUGACUGCCGAUUAAAAAUUAUUUUAUGUGCAUAUAAAUUGGCCCAACUAGCCUCGUUUCUGGGUAGAAAUUCCUUUGAAAUCCUAACAUGAGUACGAGGCUAGUUGGGCCAAUUUAUAUGCACAUAAAAGAAUUUUUAAUCGGUAGCCGUUUAUGAAAAGCGUGUAUACUGUAUAUCUACCAGUCCCAAUGCAUCAGUAAAUUAUGGUUCAGGUUACACAUAACUUUAAUUUCUACCAUGUAUACAAAGAUGAUGUAGAUUUAUAAUUAAAUCUUACGGCUUAAUGCAGCAAGAAAUAGUGGAGAAGUGCUGUCUAUAUUGCUACAAUGUCCGAUGAUAUGACCGGCACUAAUUUGCAGGCCUGGUACUACUAGCAGUAUAAUGUUUGUCAGUUGUCAUUUGACAUUUGUCCAAUAUCAAGAUUUUCAAAAAUGUAAAUAAUAGAAGGGAAUAUAUGCGCAGUUUUCAAUAUUCAUUCAAUAUUCACUCGAGUCAUAUUCAGAUUUUAAGAUUUGUACGAAUCAAACAAUUAAAAGAGCGAGAUAAUUAUAUUAAAUUCUCAUUCUUUUUCGGUUUUACAAUUCUCUCUGAUUUUGAAAUAUAGAACAAGGCGAAUCUUCCGGCUUAUUUGACUCGUAUACAUAUGAGGUCAUACCUCUUUUGAAAUAUAGUGAUUUCGUUUCUGAAAUUCCUGAAGAUUUUUUCAGUCUGUGCAUGCAUGGUAUUCGAAAAAAUGAAGUACGUGGAACUUUUUUAUUUUUCGUUCUGUAUGACUUCAUUCAUCCGUCCACCACUCGUUCACGUUUUUUUCUCACAAUAAAAUAUCUUUGUGCUUUGAAGUGUGUCUGGUUAUGCAUGAGCAUACAAGACGUCACUAUAUUAGCCAGCGUGGCCGGCUCUUUUAUCUGCCCUAUUGAAAAGAGCCGGCCACACUGGCUAUUACUAUAAUAUAUUCCAAGUGUGUUUUUAUUUUUCCUCAUUUUGGCCGAAAUUACCUGAAAAAGACUACAACGCAACCACAAGUAAACAUAACUCAUAAGCGUAAACGCGGAACCAGCCAGGGCUCAUUUAUGUUUUUAGUGUCUGCAUCAUAUUUUAGGUUUUGAGAGCUAUAAAUUUGUUAAAAGUCGAUUAAUAAUUCAAAAUGUUCCUAAUUUUCAACAUGAGCUCCACCUUUGAAUUUACUAUAGGAGUAAAUUCUUAAACACGUCCGAAUUUAUCAUUAUGAUAAAUUCGCGGCACAUUUUACUAAAUUCGCGGCACCUAACACUAACCACUAACCCCCACUAACCUCUAACCCCACCUAACCCCUAACUUUUUUAACUUUUUUAACUUUUUUGAAAAUCUAACUUUCUAAACUUUUUUUCUUUUUAAAACUCUUUUAAAACGUUUUAAAAACUUUUUAAAAGCUGUUUUUUUGAAAAUCUUGGAAGUGUCACCACCUCCACGCGGCCAGCCUCCCUUUUAGUGCCAUUACAUUUAUAACAAGAAGUCUUGUCUAAUGUUUGUGGUUUUAUGAUUAACUCUAUUGAUAAAUUCAAAUUGUUCCGCGAAUUUAUCAUAAUGAUAAAUUCAGACGUGUUUAAGAAUGUACUCAUAUAGUAAAUUCAAAGGUGGAGCUCAUGUUGUUAAUUUUCUACCUGUGCAGGAAGGAUGGCGUGUUAAUUUUCUACCUGUUUCCUCCGUCAUCCUGUAUAUGCACUCUAAAUUCCAUUAAACGAAAGUCCAGGCCAUCUCAGGAAAAAAGCGUAGCCCUCGAGUUUGUUAAGUGCAAUAAUUUUCGAACAUAUAGGAGCGCCUUGAUGUUCAUAUAUAGCUAGCUUGCAUGUGUUGCUUUCAUGACCGUUACGUAAACAGCAUAAGCAUAAUUGUAGGUGCUCAUGGUGUUAUUGUGCUUGCGUCUCAAGGCUGCUCUCCAGUCACGCGUUUUUCAUACGUGCGGGAAAAGUUAUAUAUAAAAUAUCUUUAAAUGUUACUUAUGAAAUAACUGAAUGAAUAAAAGGAAAGCAUAUAGUUUUGUGAAUGAUUUAAUGUGCAUUUGCACAGGUAAGUCAUACUAGUGUUAAAUUUAAAAAGAUUUAAACUUUUCCGUGGUUAUACGCACGUAUGAAAAACGCGUGACUGGAGAGCAGCCUUUAAUGAGGUCCUCACAUAUACACCUUUUCGCCACGCGAUCUUGCUAGAACCCCGAAAAGGCGUAUUUGGCAUAAGCCAACGUCAUACACAUAAGAUCAAACGAUUUCUUUGGUAGUGUCCUCAUUAAAUAAUAAACCAAGAAUUAUGGAACCCCAUGUUUGAAAUAUUUCUUGCAUGUUGCCUUAACCUCAAAUUUUCUUUCCCAGGCAAAAGAAGAAGCUGUCGAAGCAGAAAAAGCUGCAAAAGAAAUCGGAAUGGGCAGUGGUGGUGAUUUAGCUGCCAUGAUUUCAAAGCGUCAAGGUGACAGAAAAACUGAAAUGAACAAUUUCUUAGCAGGUUUGGAAGAGAAAUAUGGUUCCACUAACAACAAGAAGAGAAAAACUACUAAAUCGAAAAAAUAG